GUUCCGCCUUCUUGGUGACCUUCUGGCUCGUGAAAGUACCGCCGGCAGGUAGGGCUACUUAUCCUUGUGGUGACGUUGUGAGCUUCUGGUAAGACGCCUUACUUGUUUUCAUCUCUCAAUUGCAUGCAUUUUCCAAACGUUUCAUUGUGCGAAAUAAGUCUCACUGUGAUCCUUUUUCAAUCUUCAUUCCGGUUCCGGACCAAGCUUGCUUACAUGCUUUUCGGUUUUGCUAUCCUUUUGGCCAUCAUCGCCUUUGCUGUCCACAAGUUCGUUGUUACGAAUGAAAUUGCCAUCUACGCGAUGUCAACCGGAAUCGCAAUGAUACCCGAAUCCCUCAUCGCCGUCCUCACUAUCACGUUCGUGACCGGCAUGACCCAAAUGCGCAAACUCAAGGUCCCCACACGGAAUCUCAGCGCUCUCGAAGCGCUUGGAGGCAUCACCAAUAUCUGCUCAGACAAGACCGGAACGUUGACGCAAGGUCAAAUGACAGUGAAAAAAGCUUGGAUACCCGAUAUAGGAAUUUAUACCAUCAGCAACUCCGACAAUCCCGCAAAUCCCACGCAAGGGAAUAUCAGUGUUGGUCCCGCCAAGUCUAAAACUGAGAUGGAUGCCGAGAAGACGGACCGCGAAGAGCGAUUCGACAGAGAACGCAGCGCCGCCGCGCUUACCUUUAAAGUUCCGUCGAAUAAGGCCGAUAAAGAUCAACAGUGUCAUGAGCCGCAAGAGAGGCAGUCAUUCGAUGGAGACGACAAUCCAGAAAUGGUUCCCGAGCUAGAAUAUUUUCUAAACUCUACCGCCCUAUGCAAUGUUGCUACCGUGCGGCUCGAUGAGCAAGAGGGCAAGUGGCAGACUGCUGGCGACCCGACUGAAGUUGCUCUACAAGUCUUUGCGCAUCGUAUCGACAAGGGCAAGAAGCUCCUUGAGCAAGAAGUUGGAUGGAACCAGAUCACUGAGUAUCCAUUUGACAGCACCGUCAAGCUUGUUUUGGGUGGUGGUGGUGGUGGUUCCGCGUGAUUAUGUCCCAGGGUU